AGCUGGCUAGACUUGCUUUUGUAUGCAUUUCUAGAUUAUUAUUUUUUCAUAAAAUAAAUAUAUUCCACGGUCAUGGUGCAGGACUACGGCAGCCAGUGAAAUGGUGGCAAAUAUUCUGCGCAGCUGAUGCUAUAAAUAGGAAAAGGGGAUUUCCCAGAAGAAAGACAGGAGGUGAAAUUUCGACAUACUGAUCAUCGGGUGAGGCAGCGGCAGCAUGGGCAUCAAACAGUCUGUUGGCAGAGCAUGCCUGACUUACAGGCACAACCAGUCCAAGUUCUCCGUAUUCCGCCGUCAGCUACACAUCAGUGACAAGCCAGAGCUAGUGUACAAGAAAGUCGAUCUUCCUGAGGACUCCAAACACAAACUUGCGUUUGUCCUGGAAAAUGUCCUGUCUCCAGAGGAAUGUCAGUGGUUCAUCGAGAAGACCGAGAAGAAAGGGUACAAAAGAGCCCUGAUCAAACUUGGCGGUGGUCAAGAAGUGGCCCAUGAGGUGAGAAAUAGUUCCCGAUACAUGUGGGACUCGAGGAAGGUGUCGAAGAAGCUCUGGAGCAGGGUGAAGACAUAUGUCCCCGAAGUGUUCAAAGGGAGGAGGGCUUUGGGUCUGAAUGAAAGGCUUCGCUUCCUCCGCUACGAACCUGGAGAAUAUUUCAGGAUUCACAAGGAUGGGAUCUACACAAGGAAAAACAUGGAGCGAAGCUACAUCACUGUACAGAUGUACCUGAAUGAGGGCUUCCAAGGGGGAUGCACAACGUUCUUUUCCAGUGAUGCUUUACAGAAGGUGCCAGUUGUCCCAAAGAAAGGGUCAGCGCUGAUAUUCCAACACGACAUCCUCCACGAGGGGUCGGAGGUGAUGGAGGGACUGAAGUACGCGAUCAGGACAGACGUCAUGUACUCGGCAGAGCGACUAACAGAUUCACCUGAGUUCUCCGAGGAUGAAGUAAACUCCCAGACAUGAUGAAGUAAACUCCCUGACAUGAUGAAGUACUCCCCGGCAGUUUACAUUGGAUUAUAUGAUAUACCAGUUUAUGUUGACAUCUUUAGUGCAUCUUGUUGACAUCAUUAGUGCAUCCUGUUGACAUCAUUAGUGCAUCCUGUUGACAUCUUUAGUGCAUCCUGUUGACAGUUUAGUGCAUCCUGUUGACAUCAUUAGUGCAUCCUGUUGACAUCUUUAGUGCAUCCUGUUGACAGUUUAGUGCAUCCUGUUGACAUCAUUAGUGCAUCCUGUUGACAUCUUUAGUGCAUCCUGUUGACAUCAUUAGUGCAUCCUGUUGACAUCUUUAGUGCAUCCUGUUGACAUCUUUAGUGCAUCCUGUUGACAGUUUAGUGCAUCCUGUUGACAUCAUUAGUGCAUCCUGUUGACAUCUUUAGUGCAUCCUGUUGACAUCAUUAGUGCAUCCUGUUGACAUCUUUAGUGCAUCCUGUUGACAUCUUUAGUGCAUCCUGUUGACAUCUUUAGUGCAUCCUGUUGACAUCUUUAGUGCAUCCUGUUGACAGUUUAGUGCAUCCUGUUGACAUCUUGAGUGCAUCCUGUUGACAUCUUUAGUGCAUCCUGUUGACAGUUUAGUGCAUCCUGUUGACAGUUUAGUGCAUCCUGUUGACAUCAUUAGUGCAUCCUGUUGACAGUUUAGUGCAUCCUGUUGACAGUUUAGUGCAUCCUGUUGACAGUUUAGUGAAUGUUAUGUAGCCAGCUACAGCAGUAUCAGUUGUUUGUCUUCAGCAGAGGCGCACGUGAAGCGUCAGGCAUGGAGCAGGCCAUGCUCGUCAUUAUAUAAACAGUAAACACGUUUGUAAUAUUUAACAAAAACAAUGGUGUCCCCAAAAAUGUUAAAUGCAUUAGAAUCCAUCUAUGCCUGUGUUAAAAGCUGUGUUAAGAUCAGAGAUUGUUUUACAGAAUGUUUUGAUUGCCCUCUAGGACUUCGGCAAGGCUGCGUAAUGAGUCCAUUUUUAUUUUCUAUUUUUAUAAACGACUUAGCUUUGUAUAUAGAAUCAACAUGCACUCCAGGUGUACAGCUACACCCUGACACUGUACAGAUUUUUCUAUUGUUGUUUGCUGAUGAUGUUGCAUUUAUUGCUGAUACUGUGUAUGACCUUCAAAAACGCAUAGAAGCUCUGGAAAGUUUUUGUAGUAACUAUCAUCUAACAGUCAACUUGGAUAAAACUAAAGUAGUGGUAUUUAAACAUGGGGGUAUUUUAUCAAAAUAUGAAAAGUGGUAUUACGAGGGUCAAAAACUUCAGUGUGUAAGUUCUUAUAAAUAUCUCGGUACACUUCUUUCAAAAACUCUCUCCUGGUCUUUGCAUGUUAAUAGUGCUGCUUUACAAGCUAAAAAGGUCCUAUUUGGUGUCAUCAAAUCUCUAAAAAUGCUUCAACCUCUUCCUUAUGACUUGUUUUUCAAAUAUUUUGAUUCUAAAAUAUCUCCAAUUCUUUUAUAAGGUGCCGAGAUUUGGGGUGUAGAUACUUACAAAGAAUUAGAGCAAAUCCACGUACUAGCAUGUAAACGCUUUCUUGGGGUUAAACAAUCUUCAUCAAAUCAUGUGGUUAGGGGGGAAUGCGGAAGGUAUCCUAUGUACAUAUGUGCUUAUAAGCGUGUAGUUACUUAUUGGUACAGAAUUUUACAUUUGCCUGAAAAUAGAUUAGUUAAGAAAUGUUAAAGAUUAUUAGUACUUAAUGUUAAAAAUGGUAAGAUCAACUGGGUCUCUAAAAUCAAACACAUUCUCUGUUCGUUUGGUUUUGGCUACAUACGGGAGAUGCAAUUUAGUAAUAAUAGUAGAAGUUUUAUCUUGGAAUUUGUAAACCGUUUAAAAGCCUCGUCUGAGCAAGAUUAGCAUGCAGCUGUUUCAUCUAGCACUAAAUCCCAAAGUUACUCUCUUAACAAAAUUUCAUUUGGCUUAGGAAGCUAUAUCAAUGUAGUAAAUGUUUCAAAAUUCAGAGCUGUACUUGCUCAGUUGAGAUGCUCCUCCCAUCGGCUGCGAAUUGAGACCGGUCGAUAUAUUAAGGAAAUUAGAGGACAGAGACUGUGUUUGAUUUGUAACCAGAAUUUUAUUGAGGACGAAUAUCAUUUUGUGUUUAUAUGCAAUGCUUAUAGUGAUUUAAGAGCUGAAUAUAGUCCUCAUAAAUAUUUUACAACCCCUUCUAAAAAUAAAUUUAACGCUCUUAUGUCAUCCACUAUUUUUAAAGUCAUACGAAAUCUAGCAGUCUACGUUUACAAAGCUUUUCGACUUCGUUCAUUGCAUACAGUCUAAAUAUUUAUUUGUAUAUAUGCAUGUGUAUGUGUAUGAAUGUGUAUGGAUAUGGAUAUAUAUGUUAAAUAGUGGUAAUUCUUUUUUCUCCCUCUCUCUGUAAAUAGUUCUGUGUAAUAGGCCUACGGCCUAACACUUUUUGUGAACAAACACUAUAUAUAACAACAAUGAAAUGUACUUCCGUCGACAAAGACACUCUGAAACUAAGUACUCCUUGUCCAUCGCUAGAAAC